AUGAUAUACGUCAAAAUUGAUAAAAUAUUGUCAAGGUUAGAUCCGACCAGCAGAGUAAUUAAGUUCUCAGAUUACCUUGUUGACAAUUACAUAAGUAAUGACACAGCGUUUCCUCCUCUUUUGUGGGCUGAUCAAAAUGCAAAUUUAAAUCGAACAACAAAUGCCUAUUCGACUGAAACAUUAGAUGACUUUGAUGAAUUAAUUGAUAUUGCAGCGUUGCCCAUGCACUUUGAUGACGGAUUCGUGAUUGAAAUUGUCGAUCCAGCUCACGAUGGUACAUCAACGAAUAAUUCCGAAAUAUUCCUGUUACAGCGUUAUAUUGUAUUCAGUCAUAUGUGGUUGGGUAUCCAACAUACGAACAAAUUGUACGUGUACCGUAAUUAUAUAAUGUUGCACAGCAAAGACGUUAUGCACGCCGCUUUUUUGUGCAUUGCGAUAUUAGCAUCAGCGCCUGCAGCGAUCGCAAACGAUAGAUCAUCAUCGAUAGCUGGCCCGAUCUUCCGUACUCAGCCAGCGCCACGGCCGGCGCCCAGUCGCUCUAACGGCCACACCACGGUCACAGAGACUGUUUUGGUGCCACAGCCUGCACUAUGUCACUCUGACGACCAAACCACGGCAACCAAGACUGCAGACAGCGAUGCAAUAAAGAACCCACCACGGCAGCAUCUUUACAGUACACAGUCACUGGAAUUAGCGAACAGCCCGGGAACACGGCCGUCGAGUUUGAACGAGACUGCAGCAGACACUGACUCAUACGCCCAUUAUUGUGACCAAGACGAUGAAUAUGUUGAAGACGACUAUAUUCAGUUUUUCUGUUGCAUACCAAUCAUUUUUUUAAUAAUGUUAGUAUUGUUGGGACAUUUGAAUCUUCAUUAUUUUUGUACAUCAAGAAUGAAAAAAGACUCCCUGGAAUCAGUUUCUUCACGAACGACCAACUCCUAA